UCUAUUUGCACUUUAGCUUCAAGAUAAUUGUCAUUUGAUUGUUGUAUUCCCAUCAAACUUGGUCAUGGCACAGCAAGAACACAGUUCAGAAGUAAGCACCAAACCUCCUCCUAAGUCAUUCUUGCACUCCACAAAAGCUUCACUCCGUAAUCUAUUCCUCUUCUCAAAGACCAUACCUUUUAUUGGCGGUUUGGUUGUAAGCUACAAUUUUUUGGAAAUAGCGGUGCUGUCUACAUUGAUGGACUACCUCACAGAUUUUAUGGAUGGUGACCAGCGGAUAGCUGCUGUUGUUGUUAAUCUGCAAGAUGCUCUAUCGUCUUUCUUUUUUCUUUUUGUUUCUCUAAUCGAAGAAGCAUACGUGGAUUGUUUCACUCUGAUCACAUUAUGCACUGCAGCUUCCAUUGAGGGCUUAAUGUUACUAUGGACGUCUACAACAACUUUAGAGAAUUUUGCAUGCUAUACAGCGAUAUUCCUCCUUACAUUGGGGAAAAGCGGGCAAAAGCUUUCAGAAAAUUUCCUCGAAUAUCAGGUAAAAGAGAAAAUUGAGGAGAAAAAAGAAAGAGAAGUAGAACAUGGAAGCAGGCAAAACAACAGAGCGCAAGACCACGUUGGUAGAAGUCAUACAAAUAAUAUAUGGCUGCUAUUCUUUGUUUCAAUUGUUGGAUAUGUCAUAACAGUUUGUAUGGCCUUUACCAUGAAUGAUGCAAGCUACGAUUACACCUUCAGAGUUGCGGCACUUCUUAUGGGGGGGACUCAUCUGUUUUUCCUCUUUGGUUGUGUGGGGUAUAGGCGCAAAGAAUUGAGAACUGAAAGCUAUCUACACAUGAUCUAUAGAAUCUGCAAAGCAGCUUUACGGAAGCGAAAAUCAAAGUAUCCAGCCACAGCGAAUUCUUAUCACUGGAAGAAUUAUAAACAGAAGCACUUGUAUAAGCAUGGAAGAGGACUAAGGUUAUCCCCGAAAGUUCCACGGUUAUUCAGGUGGUUGGACAAAGCAGCUAUAGUUGAAGUUGAAGGAGAAGAGUGUAGUGAUCAUGAAAUGCAAGAAAAGAAAGGGAAGCUUUGCAUGGUAAAGGAAGUGAGGGAAGUGAAGAGCCUUGUUCCUAUGAUCUACCUGUACGUAGCCAUUGUUGGUUACAGUUUACUCCUGGCCACCAAGAACACGUUCUUUGUUGCACAAGUAAACAUCGUGACCCCUAUUACAAAGAGUAAUAGGGAUAUCUGGAUUCUCUUUUUGAUCUCGGACUUCAUGAUUUAUGUAUCGGAAGGGAUCUGCUUUAUUACUAGAUUUGCAUUUGGACGCUUGAAAAAAUUCAAAAGUAUGGAUGGUAGGUCCAAAAGAAAAGCAGGCACACUUAUAAGGAUUGGUUUUGGCAUGCUUUGUGGGGUUACUUGCUGCCUCGUAGCAUGCCUAAUGGAGACUCGUAGAUUGUCGAUUACUGAUAAUGAGACAGGGGACCUGAAACGAGGAGGAAGGAACUCGACAACGGCCUUAGUGCCACAAUUUGCAUUGGUAGGAACCACGGAGGGAUUUGUUGAGGGGGGCUUAAGCAGUUUAUUCGAGUGCCUCGUAGCAAAUUCAAUGUGGUCUUUCGAGGAAUCGUUUACUGAAAUAGUGAUCGGUACUGGCAAACUCCUAAAUAUACCACUUGUCUUAUUUUCCAGAAGCUGGAUCCAGAAAACUAUCGACACUAGCCAUUUGAACAGAUACUAUCUGUUGUUGGGAAUACUGAACGCUGCGUUCCUUGUCGUUUUCGGAUACUACUCCAUCAGAUAUGCAUACAAGGAAGCAUGGCCGGAAGAUGAAUUGAAACAUCCUCCUCAUCAACCACAUUCACAUCAUGAAAAUAAUGAUAAUGAAGCACAACUGGUGGACCAAGAACCAUAUGAAGAAAACAACGAGAAUGUAGACGUUUCAUGGGUUGAUUUUCUAACUCUUGAUUCCUGAUCCACUGCUUGUAUUCUAGUGUUUGGACAAAAAAGUCGGCUUGACUUUAGUAUAUAUUUCAAUCAACGAUCAUAUAAUAUAUGGAUUAGAUAAUGUGGCACAGACAAACAAUGUUGUUAGAUAUUUAUGUCGCUCACCUUGAAACUUAGGUGAUUUUGUAAGGAUCAACGUGUAUUUGUACCUAAUUAACUUACUAUGUAUGUAUAAUACCUAUCUAAUUCUAA